AGGUCAGGGGACUUCCUGGAACUUGCUAUUCGUCAGGACAGCUCCUAUGCUAAUAAGGGGAUGGCCGGUAGAAGGUUCCAGCAACCUCCCAAACUCCUCUUCAAACUCUCUGCAGCUUUCAGAUUUGGAUGGCACCAACUUUUUUCCACUAUAGGCCAGUGCCCAUGGAUGACCAAUUGAAGGAGGAAGGACAGGGACCCCCCAAGCUGCUGCUGUUGAUAGGGAUCUCUGUGCUCCUGGUGGUGGUUGUGGGUCUGGGGGUGCCCCUGAUCAUCUUCGCUCUCAAGGCCAACAGCAAGGCCUGCCAGGACGGCCUCCGGGCAGAGAUGGAGCAUCGCAAUGUCACUCACCUCCUGCAGCACCAGCUGACCCGGGCCCAAGAGGGCUUCCUGCAGGCUGAGACACGGGCUGCCACCUGCAACCGCACUAUGGUGACCCUGCUGGUUUCCCUGGAGGAGAAGACGGCUCAGGGCCUGAAGCAGCAGGCGCAGGUGGAGAAGCUUCAGGGAGAGAUCACGAAAUUGAACCUGAGGCUGCAAAACACUUUGGAGGAGGUGGAACGACUAAGAAGAGAGAAGGAGGCCUCGGGAGAGAACCAGCGCUCGCCCUCCAGCGCCGCCUCCAGCCUCACGGUGGCCCCCGCGCUCUCGCUGCUGGGCCUCCGCGUUCUGCUGCUCUGAGAUCCAGGGAAGUCCCCGGCCACAGGCUGGACUGGUCUGGUUCCCCUGUGGCCGCUCCGACGUUCCCUUGACCUGGCCCUUUCUGAAAGGGACACGGGCAUCACGGUUGGGGAGGGCACGGGGUUGCAGUGGGGACCCAUGGAGCAGCCGCUGGGGUGGAGAAGCCGCUGGAUUGACGGGGGGCUGCUUCCCCCAGAGCCGGGUGCAGAAUGAGGCCCCCUCCCCCUCCCUGCUCCUCCUCUCCCCUCCUCCUCCUGGGCUUGGGCAUGGGGGUGGCACCUGCUUCUUGCUGUCAUGGUUUGGGGGGGUGGGUAGCUUUCAUUCGGGAAUCUUCGAGCGCCAAAAAAUAAACACCCCUUUGGGAGGGACAGACUUACUCUCAA